AUGGCCUUAAACAAGCUCCUCGGGCUUGGUUUACUAGGCUGUCUCAAGCACUUCAGCAGCUUGGUUUUUAUGGAUCCAAAAACUGAUCCGUCCCUAUUUAUCUUGAAUUCCCGAGGCACUAUUGUGUAUGUGCUUGUUUAUGUCGAUGGCAUCAUCGUUAUGGGUAAUAAUGAUACUGCUAUCCGUGACAUCAUUGGUCGUUUUAGCUCUCAGUUUGCUGUUAAGGAUCUUGGUCCAUUACAUUACUUCUUGGGUGUUGAAGUUCUUCGUCAUGAUUCCAAUUUGCUUCUAUCUCAAUGUAAGUAUGUUUUGGAUAUUAUUCACAGGGUUGGUAUGGUGGAUUGUAAACCUGUGUCUUCUCCUAUGAGUACCUCUCAUGAGUUGUUACCUGAUGAUAGUCCUCCUCUUGAGGACCCUUCCAAAUAUUGCCAAAUUGUUGGUGCUCUUCAGUAUGCUACCUUAUCUAGACCUGACAUUGCCUUUGUUGUCAACAAAGUUUGUCAGUUUAUGCAUUCUCCGACUGAAAAUCAUUAG